CGUAAAAUCUAUAAACACGCGAAAGUAUCAUGAAAAAUAAUAAAGAAAGGGAAGAAAAUGUAGUGUUUGUGUGGCGAUGAGUGGUUAUAACUAAGAAAAUGAGAAAGGGAUUCUCGUCAAUCUCUUCGUGACAGAUCCGUAGUGAAAUAAAAAGUGAAUAAUGUGCGUGUGACAACCGAGUGUUUUCCUUUUAAAUAUUGAUUUGUGCUGCGAAAAAAAAAACUAGUACUCGUCCAAAACCCUUUUUAUGUGUCUCAACAAUGAAAAUUUAUUCGAUGAAGAUUCACGACGUGACGGAUCCUGGCUACGAGGGAUGGCUUCAAACAACCUAGCGCAAAAACAUUUGGAAAUUUGAUACUUUUAACGGAAAAGCUGAAAGACUGCGCGCGGACGUUCCAACCAAAAUGGACCACUCAAUGGGGGAAAAAAGUGCAAUUUUUACGACUGAGUGUAACGAGCAGACAAACUGUUAUUCACAGGUAACAAUGCAGAAUGUUCAGGAAGACUCGAGACAGUCAAAUAGAUUUUGAAGGGAGAACCGAUAGUUUGACUCCGAAAAGAUAUAAAUUGUCAUGGAUUCACCGCCUUCUUGUUCACUCAGCGCUACGGGACCGCUCAGCGAAUUUGGUAGCAGCGGGCUUGGAGGCUCCAUAUCCAGUGAUUCGGUACGAGCUCAUCUCGCGAUUGAGAUGCAGGAGAGCGACAUAGAAAGCAAAUCAUUGUCUCAGGACUCGUUCGAUUAUUCGGACGGGAUGUGUGGUCAAAAUUUCAAUACACUAAAGAAAGGUCCAGGUUGGACGGAUUUGGAGGGUAAGCUGGAGGUGGAAGUGGUGGACGUGGCGAUAAAGCCGCCGCCGGAGUUCCAGGACAGUCCUUCGCCACCGGACUCGGUAACGUCGAAUCCGCCGUUGUUGUGUUACGGUCGGCACUCGCGUUUGAAAGCGCCACGUUGGAUCGAGGAAUUUUCAAGUAACCUCGUGAGUCACAUAGUGGAGGAGGCACUGGUGAUAUCUUGUCGUAUAUCUUGGCCGGAGGGGCGUAUUGCGCCAAUACCAAAUCCGGUGCCAGCAAUAACAACGAGUAUUCACAAUUCGAAGCGUUUUUGGGCGACAGAUUUUUUAGGGUCGUCGUCGUCGCGUCAAGGAACAGCAACGAUUACGAUAACGCCGUACAACACGUUGAAUCGUCCGAAUUCGCGUUGCUCGUUGGCAUCUUCGCGUCUCUCGAGUUCUCACAAUUCGAUAAAUACCUCGGGUCUUUGCAACAAAGCUGACGACAGCAGUUUCAUAACGUCGGCAAUGUCGCACGACGUGUUAACGACGAGCGAGAUAAGCGACAUGUACAACGUGCCCUUUGACUCGGACAUUUACACGGUGCCGAUAGACGUGGUGCGACCUCUGCACGAGUUGCCAACGCCCCAAAGGCCGAAACGUCAUCGACAUCAUCGCAAAAGGCGGAGAAACGUCUCGGCGAGCUCGCAGAGCGAGCUCGAAGCCCAUAUACAACAGGCACGACAUUAUUGCGGUAAACCAAGGGCCAUUACUCACGUCAUCAAGUCCCAGAGACUCCUCGCCGAGGUGUGCUGCAACGAGAGUGGUAAUGGCAAGCGUCACAGUGUACCGGGCACCUCGGGCCGCCAUAGUUCUCGCACCUCCAACAGUCAUCCGCACAACAUCGGAGAGCCGAUACACAUGACGCUUCACGAGGUACGACAGUACCUCGAAACUCUAUAUUCGAGCUCGAGCGAUUCGAGCGAGAACAAAAUAAAACGGGACAAAGUACCGAUUAGUCAGACACCGAUACAUCUCGCUUUGCCAAAGGGUCUUAGUGUAAAUAAUAAUAAUAGAUAUAGCAAUCCUCACACUGACUCGUCGACCGAUACACCGAUAUCCAACAAAAGUACCAAUGGACUCAUCAACAAUAACAACAACAAUGGCAACGUUAGAAAACACAAAAAAAAUACGCUCGUCAGUAUGAAACACAAAAAAGUCAAGGACGAUGUACACAAGGAAAAAGUCGAUACUGAUCGCGAAAAAAUGAAGAAAAGCCAGCGCAAUUUUUCGCUGAAUCUCAAACAAACCCUGUGCAAUAUAUUUAGGUUUAAAAGACUCGGCUCGCCUGAUCAUUUCGUUGAAAAAAGAAACAGCAUCGUUCAAGGCGACAUCGUCGAAGAGGACGAAGGCGACUCCGAUCAACAUGCCAAUAAUAAUAACACGACCAACGACGUUGAAAAUCCAGUGCAAAAAUUGCCUUUCUUCAGACGUGCCCUGCCACCAUUGCCACGUAGCAACGGACAGAUCAACGUCGAACAGGGAGAGGACGCUCUCGCUGCCAUUGUCUCAAAACCCGAUUCCCCCAACUCUAUGCGCCAUUCAUCUCCACCCAGAGACGACGAGGAGGCUGCUGAAGAUACGAGCAUGGAUUUUGCUGCCAGUAUCGAAAAGGUCAAAGAUUACGGUUGGUAUUGGGGUCCGAUGUCCGGUGAAGCUGCGGAGAAAAUAUUGUCGAACGAGCCGGACGGUUCAUUCAUAGUUCGGGACAGCAGUGACGAUCAUUACAUAUUCUCACUGUCGUUCAGAUUGAACAGUUGCGUCCGUCACGUGAGAAUAGAGCAUGAUCAGGGUAACUUCAGCUUUGGGAGUUGCACGAAAUUCAAGUCCCACACGAUUGUGGAUUUCAUCGAGAACGCGGUGGAACAUUCACGGAGCGGACGCUAUUUGUUUUUUCUUCAUCGGCGUCCAGUCCUCGGACCAAUGAGGGUUCAACUUUUACAUCCGGUAUCGAGAUUCAAACAAGUACAGAGUCUUCAGCACACGUGCAGAUUCGUCAUAUUGAAGAUGGUACGCAGGGAUUUGAUACCGACGUUACCGCUGCCUCGUCGUCUCAUAGAUUAUCUUAGUACGCCGCAUUACUACAGCGAGCAAUUGGCAGAGCAAGACGAUCGAGCGGAGUCACCGGUCAGUUCGUCGACCGGUGAAUUAGAGAAGAUUUGUUUUACACCGCAAGGCCUAUCGUGAGGUACAAAUACGUAAUUCGUACUGCAUCUCGUCUUGACAUGUAAUUUAAUAAUAAGUUUAAACGAUUUAAACGAUUAAUGCCAAGAGAAAAAAAAGAUAAGGGAGAGAGAAUGCAAAGAAAGGAAACAGAAAAACGAAAAUGAGCAAACGUUUUUUCGCAUUCGAUCUUACGCGAUAGAUUGAUAGGAUGUGGCAAACUUACGAAUUGCGAAAACACACGCGCAGGCAUGCGGCCACACAUACACACACACACACACACACACACACACACACACACACACACACAAUAGCAUUGAAUAUUAAUUAAGUGGUAGACGAUUUUACAAUCAAUUCAUGAAUUUAAUGGCCCGCAUUCAAAACUUGCUAAUUCGAAAAGGAGACAGAGAAUUCAUACGGUUUUUUUGGUUAGCUAUUGAAAACUAAUGGCAACAUCAUGUUUGAGCUUAUUGCGAAAAUUUAAAGUAGCAAAUUUUCGGAAUAAGCCUUCUUCGUACACGAGCGAAUUGUGAAUACGGACUAUCAUUGAUUUCAUGAUGAUUUUUACAUGUAUAUUUAUUGAAUUUUCACAUUGAGGUAUAGUAGGUGAUAAUUAAUGAAAAGAAAAUUGAAAGAGACCAGAUACUACUAAGGAAACAUAUAUUACGAGCAGUAUCGAAGGAAGUUUCUUUUUCAUUCGUCAUAAAAGUUUAAACCGUGGGGAUUUACAGACUCAUGACGAUAGGACUUUUGCUCGCGGGCUCGCUUCAGAGUUUUGCGUUUUUCAUCAAUUAUUCCAUCUUUUCCGUCUUUCAGCGAAAUACUGAUUCAAGAGUUGGACUUUUCCAAGUUCAAAUUUGUAGCUCACAAUUUUGUUUGAAGAUUUUUAUUAUUUCAACGAAAUUUUCGGUAACUUUCUUCUUCACAAGUGUGAAUCCCACAUAUUUCUCAAGCAAAGAUUUUAUUGGCUUAGAAUUUCGAAACUUCGCAGUCGACAAAAAAUGUAAAAGUUUCAGUCUUUUUUGUGACUUCGCAAAACUUUGAUAAUUCGUAUUAACAAUCCUUGAGAAAUAUUGAUGUCGAAAGGGAAUGUUUUUCAAUGUACAGGGAAACCAUUUGCUCGUCACGUGCCAUAAAAUUUUUCAUUUUUCUGAAUGAUCAUUUUGUUUAGCACAUUCCUUUUUAUAGAUUUUUCUGAGACUAAAUAUCUUACAACAAUUCAUAAUCGCACAACGAAAAAAAAAUCGUUUGUUAUUCUCAUUGAACAACGUUUUGUUCAUACAAUUAGUUGAUAAUUUCAUAAUUGCAAGUCACAGAAACGUUCUAAACGUAGCUGAACAUCAUUACAUUUUUUGUAAAUCGUCAAGUACCGAAAUUCCCAUAAAUUCAUUUUUACAAAUAUUUUUAACAUUAUUUUACCAUGAAUACGUAAACCGCCGGAUCUAUUUUAACGUGCCAUACAUAUAUAUAUAUAUAUAUUUAUUUAUAUAAUAAUUGCAUCAAAAUUGUCUUGUAUGAAAGCUUCGGAACAGCAAAAAUCAUCAUACCGUAAGGGGGUAAAGUAAGAUCAUGAUAUACAUCCGACAACAAGAAAUGGACGAAACUACGAUAAUUUAAUAACCGCAAAGAUGAAUAUUUAGGAGUAUAAGUAAAAUAAUUUUGAUCGACCGAUUGUUUGACUUUUGGACCGAUGCCAAAGAUGUAAAUAAAAAUCAUCGCGAUGACACACGAUCCUAAAAACGAGGUAUAACCACUUUAGCAAAGCAUUAAACAAGCAAAUCUCGAUUAAAUUAUUCGCGUCGUCUCGUUUCGAGGGCAACUCAAUCAUACUCGUAAUUAUUUCGUUGAAUAAAUUCUUUCAAAUGAAUGGGAGGAGGGAUAGAAAAAAGGAAACGAAACAUGCUGAAAAACGCGCACACGGUAACGAUCACAAAAACUAUGGAACGAUGAACGAAUUGUACGACAGAAAGGCUAGGAGGGGGGGGGGGAGUAUGGGUCAAUUGUUUUCACCACCGCUCCUUUGCUACGAUUUUCCUUUAUUUCACGUUUACAUCAAUAGUUAGCUAUAUUAUCAAAGUGUUAUUUCAAUUGUCCCAUAGUUUAUAAAGCAAAUAUAUGAAUUGCCAAUCAUACAAAGUAGCCGAUAGAACCGCGAUGAUUGAAAGUAAAAUAUAUAGUCUGCCUUCAACGCACGAAACGAAAUGAAAGGGAAAAACCGAGGUCGAGAUAUCUCAUUUGUUCAAUUUCCAAUAAUCGGGCGCGAACUCUCACCGAAACGAGACCGAGAUAAAAAGUUGAAGGGAGGAGAGGAUAAUAAGCUAGGCAAAGUGAUGAAGUUCGCGAUAAAAAGUUUGUUACUCACGUGUACGAAUAGAAAAUUUUUAUUCUCUCUCCUGUUAUGAUAAGUUAAAACGUUACAAUUACGUAGAUUUUACGACACGUCUGUGAUUCUUGCUUGAAAGGAUCAAGCACCGGAAGCGUGAGCAAGCGACGAAGAGAAAAAGGUUGAAACGAUUAUACUUUUUAAAUGUGCGCGCCGGCACCCGCUUCUUCGUUGAUAAACGAAAAGAAUUCUAUGCAAUUUGAAGAUUCAGAUUUAAAAAAAAAAAAAAAAAAACGGGUGCAUGAUGUAACGUGAUUUAAUGGUAUCGUCAAAAGUACCUGCCCACCGACUAUACGAGCGCAGGUCUGUCGCCAAUGACAGUCCGCGAACGUUGUUGAAUCAUUGUUACGACGAGAGAGUAACGGUUUUACUAGUCAUUAUUGAACGUUGUAUCUAAAAGACACGAAAAAAAAAAAAACAAAAAAAAAACAAAUGAAAUUUGGGGCAUCGAAGAAAACGAGUCAAUCGAAGUGAUUUGUCUUACUGGAUUGCUGGGCAAUCGUACGUGUGGUAAACAUGUUUAUUUUUUCAUUACCGCUUCGAAAGCACCAUCCUAUUUUAUUUUAUAUAUUCGAAUUACAUUCGAUUAUUAUUUUUAUUCUUCCCACGUUGAAGUCAGCUUUCAGCUUCCGUCCCAUGGACGGGUUCGGUGUUCAACACUUAAAAUUAUUCGAGCCCCUAGAAUUUAAGUUUUGUAACCAGUAUUUUUUUUUUUUUCUUUUAAUUUAAUUUUAUUUCGUAUGUACAUAUAUAUAUAUAUUCGUGAAAGUACACGUGAAACAUGUACCACACACAUGCUUUAUUACGAAUCAUUAAAAAACUGAAGUAGGAGAAAAAUAAAUGUUACACACUCGCUCGAAAAAAACUCCAUUUUCGUUAGGAAUUAUGUCAAACAUUAUUUCCUGUGUAAACGUCGUUUGAAUAUAAUUCGACAGUUUUACCGCUGUUACAUUCGAAUAGUCCGGUUAUUAAAUUACUGUCGCGAUCGUUCACGAAAACCAUAUUAUAAACGUCCAGCACGGAUUAUUAAAUUCAUUGUCAUCUUCAUACUAUCCAGAUCUCCUAGUCUAAAACGUUUUAUCACCAAGUUCGAUCGCUACUAGCGUGAAUUUAAUGAGUAUACUGAAUGAAAUGAUGAAACAUUGAAAAAAUUACAUGAAGGAUGAAUAACGGCGGGAUUUUCAUGACGAAAGACAAAAAAAUUUUGACCAUCUUUGACUUGAAAAAAAAAAAAAAGAAGAAAAAAUGAAAUGAAAAAAGAAAAUAAUUUGAAUAAACUUAAAAGAAAAUAGGAAAAAUCAUAUGACAAGAAGAAAGUAAAGUGCAUAGUGUUGUUUCAAGGAUGAACGAUUGCUGAUACAGAAUUUAUAUUUUCUUUCGGAUUGCCAGAGUAUUAUGAACGAACGACGAACGAAAAAUUUUAUCUCACGAUAAUAAUCUGAAGUUAAUCUGAAACUUAAGGGACAUGCAAGAAUUAAGUAAUAAACAAAACAAAACAACAAAACGAUAAAUAAAUAAAUAAAAUAAUAAUAAAUACACGACGAAGAGAUAAAUCCAGCGUGAAAAUCUUUUAUACACUUCGUACUGCACCGAGCUAUGAUAAAUAAUAAUAAACACCUUGAGUGACAUUUAUAAAAAUAAAAUAACAGAAACAAAUGGAACUUGUAUCGUGGCCCAAAUGUGGCGAAAGAACCACAAUCAUUUCGGCAUUUUUCGCAACGCGUUUCAACGAGGAUGACGAACGAAAAGAUGAAAAAUAACAAACAAAAACGAAGAAAUGAUUUUUGUUUCUUUGUGUAACGUGAAAAGAAAUUGAAGGUUACCUACUUGAAAUAACCGUAAAUAAUUAAACGAAAAGUGAAGGUGAAGAAUUAAAAGAAAAAAAAAUUAAAUGAAACACGUGAACAUAUGCACAUGUCAUUUUAUUUAAUCUAUUUCAUAGAGAACGUGACAUUAGCGUAGUCGAUGAUAGUGGAAAAAGUAAAUUAAUACGAAAAAAAAAUUGAAAAAAAAAAAACCCCUUAAUUAUAAGACACAACGGCUGAAUCGAUUUCGGGUGGAAAUACAAACCGGAAUAUCCUCUGAAACGAAAAUGAAAGAAAAUCGAAAAAAAAAUAAAAACAGAGUCAAGGAAAGUGAGCAUCCGUGAUGGAGAUCGUAGUAGCCACGGUUGGAGGAAUCAUGUCGAGAAAUGAAAAAUUAAAAAUUGCGAAACGCAUUAUUAAACGCAUAUGAAAUAAUCCAAUUCGACAGAUAUGUGCGACUGAUAUUGCUUUAAAAUACGUAUAAUAUUGUAUACACACUUCCAUCCAUACAAAAAAAAUGCUUAAAUGCAAUGAUGACAGGAAGAUGAAUAAUUAAUGAUAAACUAAAAAGUAAAAAAAACGAAAACGUGAAGAAGGAAUAUGAGGAAAAAAUGAAAUAAUAAAAAGAGCACAGGCAUAAUAAGCCCCUUCUUACGAUUAACAAUUAAUUUAUUGUACGGUGGAGAAAAAAGUAAUCUAAGCCUAAUUGAAUACGCAUGUAGUUGAUUAACAACGUUUGUACUGCAAUGUUGACAUUGAAAUAAAUUUUUGAGACCAA